GGCAUUUCCGUCAGUUUGUUUACAAAGAGAAAGGCUCCUCCGUCUCAUCAUCCUGCUUGACGGCGACACCUGCGUGCUUAUCCGGUGGUCGGGUUGCCAGAGGUCCAAAUCCGUCCAAUCCAACUGCUUUGCUUUCUACGCUCGAUUCUCUGUUACUGUUGCCUCCGGCGCCCGCCGCCCGUUGACUCUUGAAUCUUGGCUUUCUGCUUUCUCUGUAUAAAAACUAGGCUCGCUUUCUGCACUCUUCCGAAUAGAAUCGCCGUUCCAAAGGGAAUAUGGCCGGGACUAAUAAGCUCAUGCACGCAGUUCAGUACGAUCGCUAUGGUGGCGGCUCUGCUGGUUUGAAGCACGUGGAAGUUCCUGUUCCUGUUCCAACAAAGGGUGAAGUUUUGGUAAAGCUGGAAGCCACAAGCGUAAAUCCAGUUGAUUGGAAAAUUCAGAAAGGCAUGUUUCGUCCAAUUAUUCCUCGCAAAUUUCCUCACAUACCUUCUACUGAUAUAGCAGGAGAAGUGGUGGAGGUUGGAUCUGGAGUCAAUAACUUCAAAGCUGGUGACAAAGUUGUAGCCAUACUUAGCCACAUGGGUGGAGGUGGACUAGCUGAGUUUGCUGUGGCUAAGGAGACUCAGACAAUUCCAAGGCCACCUGAGGUAUCAGCAGCAGAUGGCGCAGGGCUACCUAUUGCAGGUCUUACUGCUCACCAGGCCCUUACCCAAGCGGCGGGGGUUAAGCUUGAUGGAAGUGGCCCAAAAAAGAAUAUUCUGAUCACAGCUGCCUCUGGCGGUGUUGGCCUCUAUGCAGUUCAACUUGCAAAGUUUGGGAACACGCAUGUAACAGCCACUUGUGGGGCUCGCAACCUGGACUUCGUGAAGAGUUUGGGGGCCGAUGAGGUCGUGGACUAUAAAACACCUGAUGGGGCAGCUCUCAAGAGCCCCUCUGGCCAGAAAUUUGAUGCAGUGAUCCACUGUGCCACAGGCAUUCCUUGGUCUACAUUCGAGCCCAAUCUGAGUGAACAUGGGAAGGUGAUAGAUCUGACUCCUGGACCGAGUGCCAUGAUGACUUUUGCCUUGAAGAAACUCACAUUCAGCAAGAAGCAGCUGGUUCCACUGCUUCUAGCUGCCAAAGCUGAGAACCUCAAUUAUCUUGUCAAUCUGGUGAAGGAAGGGAAGCUUAAGACAGUGAUAGAUUCAAAAUAUCCUCUGAGUAAGGCUGAGGACGCCUGGGCUGCCAGCAUCAGCAGUCAUGCUACUGGGAAAAUUAUCAUAGAGCCUUAAAGCAUAUGGAAAUGGAACUUAUUUGGUACCUCUUUUGUGUAGGUAACUAAAAGAAGAGGGCAUGGGUAUGGGUAUGGGUAUGGGUAUGCAUGUGUAGCUAUUCGAUGAUAUAAUGUGUAAUACUGCCUUGUGUUUCCGCAUAUUUGUUCAUGCUAUUGCUGGUUGUCAGUUGUAGUCUUGCAGAUACAUGUAUUUUGUAUACAAAUAAUACUGUUGAUUUGGGUGUUGGUCUAUAAUAAGGCAGGCUUCUUUAGUUGA